AUGGCGCACAUAGAUGCUGCAUUUCGUUCGUCUCGUAUAAAUGAAGCCUAUUUUUUUGUGAAGAACGAGUAUGUGCUAGUGAACUAUGCUCCAGGCACGACAGACGACAAGGUCUUGGUUGGACCGCAUCUUAUCGGAGCUGGUUAUCCAUCCCUUAAGGGCACAGCCUUCGCAGAACCUGGAAUAGAUUGUGCUUUUGGGUCUCAUCAUAUGGAUCAAGCGUUCAUCUUCUCUGGGAAUCUCUGUGCACAAAUUAACUACGCACCACACACCACAAAUGACAGGAUAAUCAAAGGACCGAUGACCAUCACUGCAAUGUUCCCCUUCUUCAAAGGGACGGUGUUUGAAAAUGGCGUAGAUGCCGCGUUUGAGUCAACAAAAAACUACGAAGCUUACCUCUUCAAAGACAAUCAAUAUGCUCUUAUAAACUACGAUUAUGAUUCCCACCUCAUCUCCAUCGAUCUCACCAAUCGAGGCUUUCCUAGUUUGAAAAACACCAUCUUUGAAAGUGGAAUUGAUGCAGCGUUUGCUUUGCACAAUACUGAUGAGGCAUACCUAUUCAAAGGAGAUUACUACGCGCGCAUCAACUUUGCUUCCGGCACCACAGAGGACAACAUUACUGGUGGCAUCAAGAAGAUCCUUACCUAUUGGCCCUCUUUACGUGGUAUCUUGCCUCUCAAAAGUAGUGGAUGA